AUGUCGUCACGGGCUCACCAUGAUCAGCUCAUCGAGCAGGAUCCCGCUGGGGAAGAUACGAGGAGCCAAAGAGAAUCGCAGGAAGAUGCAGCUCUUCUGAAAACAAUGGGCUAUAAGCCGGUCCUACAUCGGACAUACUCAUUUUUCGAAAACUUCGCCACGACAUUCGCUGCGCUAUACUUUGUCGGUGGUGUACGUGUCACCUUUAGUACCGGUAUUGCCGCUGGCGGAAACUUGGCUUAUUGGACGAGCUAUCUCGUUACCGUGGUCUUCACCUUCAUCACAGCGGCCGUGAUCGCAGAAGUCUGCUCUGCUUCGCCUUCCGCCGGAUCGAUUUACCUCUGGGCUGCGGAAGCAGGCGGACCCAGAUUCGGACGACUCCUUGGAUUUAUCGUCGCAUGGUGGUCGACCACUGCGUGGACAACGUUCUGCGCCAGUAAUACCCAGUCAGCAACAAACUAUCUGCUAUCUGAAUUGACCGUAUUUGACGUCGACUUUCCCAAGGAUGUGACAGACGUCAAGUUCCGUGCUGUGCAAUGGAUCGUCACCGAGGUCCUCCUUGCCCUAGCAGCUCUGCUCAACUUCAUGCCGCCGAGAUAUUUCAAAUAUGUCUUCUGGUUCUCCUCGGCGGUUGUUAUGCUUGACUUCUUCCUUAAUGUCAUCUGGCUCCCAAUUGGCACAGCCAAUACUUGGGGAUUCAGAACUGCCGAGGAAGCCUUCAUGUCUACGUACAACGGCACUAACGCUCCCCCGGGGUGGAACUGGUGUCUCUCCUAUCUUGCCACCGCCGGUAUUCUGAUUGGAUUUGACGCCUCCGGUCACGUCGCAGAGGAAACCAAGCACGCAUCUGUGACGGCCGCGCGGGGUAUCUUCUGGAGCACAGUUGCAAGUGGAAUCGGCGGUUUCGCAACCAUUAUCCUAUUCCUUUUCUGCGCACCCACUCCUGACAAGCUCUUCGAAUUCGGCUCGCCGCAGCCCUUCGUGCCUCUGUACGCCGUUGUUCUCGGAAAGGGUGGGCACAUUUUCAUGAAUAUUAUCUGCAUAUUCGCCCUCUGGCUCAACACCGCGGUGGCCAUCGUAGCGGCGUCUCGCCUCGUCUUCGCCGUAGCCCGCGACGGCGUCCUCCCCUUCUCCUCUUGGGUCUCCGUUGUCCACAACGGCCAGCCCCGCAACGCCGUCAUCGUUGUCUGGAGUGUCGCGGCCUUAAUCACCUGCACCAUCCUCCCGUCAGACGUUGCUUUCACCUCCCUCGUUUCAGCGGCCGGUGUCCCCUCUGCUGCAGCAUAUGGCCUCAUCUGCCUCGCGCGUCUCUUCCUCACCCCGAAACGAUUCCCCAAGCCCGCAUGGAGUCUUGGAAAGUGGUCCAAACCAUUCCAGGUCAUCGGAGUGUUCUGGAACGGAUGGGUUGUUGCGGUGCUCUUCUCGCCGUAUGCUUUCCCGGUGACAGGCGAGAACCUAAACUAUGCCCCUAUCAUCAUGGCCGGCGUGACCAUCUUCGCACUUGUUUCGUACUUCAUUAUGCCGGAGGAGGCGUGGUUGCCGCGGAACCGCAUCUCGAACUUCGUCGAUAGCAAGGGUGUUGUCGGCACGACGGUGGAUGAGGUUGGUGGUACGUCGAGCGAGGCUCGUCAGUCGCCGGAACCAGAACCCCAGACCAAAAUCCCUGCCGAGAAUUGA